AUGGAUGCCUUAGUAUUUUAUAUAUCGAUAUUAAUUUGUAUAUUAUGCUUUCAAAAUAUAUACGUGCAAAUAAAACGAAAUGGGUUCGUUCUUAUUUGGUAUAGCGUUUCAAAUUCCUUUUACUCACUUUCAUAUGUAGUUGGUGGCAUAACUUUAUAUAAUGGAUUCAAAAUUGAAAAUGCAACGACGGCAGAAUUCUAUGCUUGCUUAAUAAGUGGUUUGGCAUUAUCACUAAGUUCAGUAGCGAUCGCAGGUUUGGCUUUAGCCUUAUCUGUAGAAUUAUUCGUUUCUUUAAGACUGACAAAUCCCUCCGCGAGACAAGACCCGACAAUCAAAAGGAUGAAUAUUUGUUUAGCAUUCUUCGUUCCUUUUAUAUCGAUUUUUUCUGGCAUCAUCAUAUUAUUAUCCGGAGGCGACAUUGUUUCUGCAAAUUUUGAUAAUGGAGGCGUAUGUGAAGUGUCUCGUCAUGGGAAAUAUAGAAUAGUUUUAUUCAUCUUUAGAACAUUACCAGAAUAUCUAUUAAAUAUUCCUGCUAGCAUUUUAUCUGUAUUUGCAUUAAUUCCCGUCGCGAAAAAAGUUUUCGAGAAUCGUAGACUGCAAAAUUCUCUUUCAAUUCCAUGGGCGAUAGAUAAAGAACCCAUAGAAUCAUCCGUCCUACCAACUCGAGGAGGACCGCCUCCAAAUCCUUCGAUUCCCCCUAAUGCAAAAAUGCUACUACCAAGAAAUGUUCUAUUACGUAUGGGACUUUGGUGUUGCUUGUUAAUCAUCUUUGGCAUCCCUACUUCGAUAGUAAUAAUAAAAAAGAGCAUCGAGUAUUUGAUCAAUGGUAAUGCUCAGUUAAACUAUUUUCCCAUCGAUACACCAUUUUGGCAAAGGAACGGUCAUGCGUUAUACAUGAUAUUAUCCUCAAGCUUAUUCUUGUUAUGCUUUGGAACCGGUGAAUUUGCGAACAAACAAUACCGUGACUUUUGGAUUAUCAUUUUUGGUUACAUAUUUUGCAGGCCAAAAAGGACGAAAACAUCCAAACAUCAAUAUAAACAUAAUUCACGUACGGAUUUUGAAAUUUAUAAUCCAUCAUCAUCACACAACUCUUAUAACCGUGUAAGCCCAACCACGACCGUAUAUACUCCCAGAUCAUACCUUUCACACCAUCCUCCAUCGCAAUCAAUAUUUUCAAAUUGUUCAUAUCCGAUGAGUUACAACGAAAUUUUUCGCGACGAUUAUGAAAGCUCGGGUUCUCCAGAAUUGAUCAUGACUGAUGUUGCAAGACCUAAAGAAGCCAGAUUAUCGGAUGAUGUCUCAUCAAGUAUAUGA